GUUGUGUACUAAUCUGUCCUCUUACCUGAAAAAGCACCGCAAACUAAAUUGAACAACGGUUCUUAAUUAAUUAUGGUUCUCAUUUUAUUAAUUUUACCCAAAUUAAUUUGCUUACUGUAUUUUGUAAGGAUGGGAUUACAAGAAUCUGCCCCAAAAGAAACAAGUCUUGUUGAGGGCAGUCCAAGCUCAGUGUCUUUGUAGGAGGAGCCUUUUCCUUUGGCAGCCAGAGUUGCCUUUUCUUCUUCCCCAUGCUGCUAGAAUUUUCAAGUGCCUUCCAUUUUCUGAUUUGUACAAUAAAGCAAGUUUGUUGCUUGGAAACUGCUUCAGAGACUGCCUAAGUUGUUUUAUUCUGCUUUUACCCACUUCGCGCGUGCAAUGUCCACUGAAGGGUGCUUCGCAUUGCAGUAAUUUUGAUUUUUGUUUUCUGGCUGGUUCUCAUCAGAAGCUGCUUUCUUUCGCUCAAAGGGGUUUAAAAAAUGCCAAUGUUUCAGUCUCUUUGUAAGAGGGAUGGGGUGGACGGCCAGAUUCUAGAUCUGGACACGGCGGUCAAAGAUGGGGUUUUGGGUGGCGUCGAUUCUGGGUUUGUGGGAACAACUGGGGUUGCUGAAAAAUUGGAUCUUGGGAGAAUGAUUGAAGAGUUGGACUUGUGUGAUGUUCCCUCUGUGUUCAUUUGUCCAAUUUCUCUUGAGCCAAUGCAGGACCCCGUGACCCUUUGCACGGGCCAGACCUAUGAGAGGUCCAACAUUCUCAAAUGGUUCAGUUUAGGGCACCUAACUUGCCCCACUACAAUGCAAGAGCUCUGGGACGACACCCUCACUCCAAACACCACCCUCUACCGUUUGAUAUUCACUUGGUUCUCUCAGAAAUACCUUGUGAUGAAGAAAAGAUCAGAAGACGUGCAGGGGAGGGUGUUGGAGCUUGUUGAGACGCUCAAGAAGGUGAAGGGCCAAGCUCGUGUUCUCGCCCUCAAGGAGCUCCAUCAAGUGGUCGCUGCUCAUGCCACUGCCCGCAAGGCAUUGCUUGAUGGUGGUGGAGUCUCCGUGGUAUCGUCCUUGCUUGGUCCUUUCACUUCAUAUGCUGUUGGCUCCGAGGUCAUUGGUGUUCUUGGGAGUUUGAACCUCGAUUGUGAGUCCAAGAGGAGUUUAGUGCAGCCUGCAAAGGUUUCACUGAUGGUGGAUAUUUUGAAUGAGGGUUCAAUUGAGACAAAGAUCAAUUGCACUAGGCUGAUUGAGACACUGAUUGAAGGGAAGGAUUUCGAUUUGGAGAUUUUUAGGAGCCAUAGCCUUUUGGUUGGGUUGAUGAGGCUUGUGAAGGACAAGAGGCACACAAAUGGAAUCUUCGCUGGACUGAAGCUCCUCAGAAAAGUUUGCUCGCAUUCCGAAGUUAAGAGUUUGCUGGUGAGCAUUGGGGCUGUUUCUCAAUUGGUUGAGUUGUUGUCUGGUUUGGAGCUUGAUUGUUUGGAAUUGGCUCUUUCAAUUUUGGAUGCAUUGGCAUCUGUCCCUGAAGGCAGAUUAGCUUUGAAAGACUGUUCUAAUGCCAUACCCAUUAUGGUGAAACUGUUGAUGAGGGUCUCAGAGAAUUACACUAAAUAUGCAUUGUCAAUACUAUGGUCUGUGUGCAAGCUUGCACCUGAGGAGUUCUCUUUGAUUGCUGUGGAAGCAGGACUUGCUGCCAAACUCCUCCUUUUGAUUCAAAGCAAUUGCAAUCCUAUGCUGAAACAACAGUCGGCUGAGCUUUUGAAGUUGUGUAGUUUGAAUUAUUCAGAUACAAUCUUCAUUUCGAAGUGCAAGCUUACCAGAACCAUCCAAUGACUGAAUUUUAACCUGGUUAUGUUAUAUCACAACUUGUAAAUUUGUAGGACAAGAGAAGCAAAAUCCAGCUACUUUCCAGGCUACAGAACUAAAAAAUCCCAGGAGUUGGCAUGGGGAUAGUGGUGCAAAAUGCAAAUCUCUCCUAUAUGUUUGCUUUUUGCGUUUUGAUUCCAGCCAUUGAUAUUUGAGUGAAGGACACCAACACACCUUGCUUGAGUGGGUUCACUUUUGAGUGUUUCUUGUCCUAGGUUGUUCUCAAUAAGCCCCAUCAAGAUGUUGAAAUUGUUUAUACUGCUUUUUGGGGGGUAUAUGGAUGAAAGAAAUCAUGCUAAUGUUGGAUAAAGAUACUCUUAGGAGAGGGAUCACAACUAGGGUGGAGCUUGUAAUUUCAUUUGUAAUUUUUGAGGAGCUGCUUUGCUCCAUGUCUUCAUUGUACUGUAUCAUCUUUCCCUUGGGGUUUUACAGGCCACCAAUUUUCCCUGAAGCAUACUGGGGUUUUGAUUUUGACAUUAAACAUGUAUGAGAGCCCCUUUGGCUUUCAAUUUUCAUUUAAUCUGUACAAUGGAAAUAACCAUUUUUAUUAUGCAUUACAA